CCUCAAUAGGGAGGAUAUAAUUCCAACAAUGCCGCCGUCACUCCCCUCCAGCUCGCUGGGCAGCUUGGCCCGCGGGAAGCAAUCGCUAUGCUUCAAGUCCGCAGCGCGCACUUUCACCUCCUCGUCCCAGUGCCAGGCCAUUGGCCCUGAAUCUCCAAAAUUUAUCGAGAUCCCCCUUCCCCGGCAACGCUUCGCCCAAAAGCAUGUCGAUGUCAAGGGUGUCCUCCCAGUUCCCCGAAACAUCUUCCCGAAACGAGCCGGCGACAAGUCCUCCCCUGAAUACAUUGCCCGCGCCACUUUCGAGCCAACCGCCGCCCACCAGCUCACCAAGACCCCUUCUGAAUACACGGCGUGGAAACGACGCAUGGCCGCAUCCCGGCGUGAGAAUCUGCGAGAGGGGCUGACCAAGCUUUACGACCGUAAGGUGAAGAAGGACGCUCAGGUUGCACGCAAGAGCAGCAUUACGCAAGAGAACAACCAACGCCUUGUUGAUGCACCCCAGCGAGAAUCCGAUCGUCUCACUUCACCCACCAUCACAGCCGCCAUGGCCACGUUCCAGCACGGUGCCCUCCCCGACCCGAACAGAGCGGCUCGCAUUGCUGCGUCCGCGGAGAAGGUGGCUGCGAAGAUCAAGGCUCAGGAGGAGGCACGCCGCGAUUCGCUGCACUCGUUAUACAUGCAUGCACGCUCUUUCAUCACCACCGAGAAGGAGCUGGAUGCUGAGAUCGACAAGAUCUUCACGGAGAGGCCGUUUGCACAUGUUCACGGAAGGGAGAACGAGACGAAUAUUUGGGAUGCCGAAGGAUCGCCAAUGACGGUCUUCAGUAUGCUGAGCGAGGUCAGCAAUACACAGAAGAAGGCUGUGGAUUACUAUCAGACGCCGGCGAAGGUGACGGGCAAGAGAAUGGUGAAGAUUGCGGAGGAGUUGACUGGAGGAAAGAUGGAUUAGAGAGGGGUUGUAUUGUAUAUGGGGAAAUGUUUUGUACCAAUAUUGUCUUGUAUACCACCAAUGGAAUACUUUUAGCCAUGCACAUAUUCAUUCACAGUGAUUCAGAAGCAUAGAUAGGAG